CAAAGUCAAAUAUUUUCCAACUGCAAUAAUUCAACAUUGUCCGCUUCCCUUAUACUGAAAAUUCAUUUGUCGCCAUUUUCCCUUCGAUCAUCCUCCAAUUAGUCAUAUUAAAGCAAAGUAAAGCAAGCAAAGAAAGGACCAAAUCACUCUCUUGGGUUACUAAUGAAAUACCUCAUCCUGGUCUCGAUCUUCUUCUCUGCCACCAUCGCCUCCCUGUCGCCGGCGACGGUGAAAGUGGGCGUAAUCAUGGACCUCAGCACACCCGCCGGCCGUGGCUCACUCGCCGCCCUCUCCCUCGCCUAUACCGACUUCUACGCCUCUCACCCAGACUCUACUGCACGGCUGCUCCUCCUUCCCCGCAAUUCGUCACGCUCUGACGCUGUCGAUGCCGCCUCCACCGCCCUCGACCUUAUCUCUAACCAUCAGGUCGCAGCCAUCCUCGGUCCCCAAACCUCCUCAUCCGCCGCUUUCGUAACAGAUCUCGGCGCCCGCGCUCGCAUCCCCGUCAUCUCCUUCACCGCUUCAUCUCCCUUCCUCUCCCCCACUCUCUCUCCAUUCUUCAUCCGCGCCGUCCCCUCCGACGCUGCCAUGGGACCAGCCAUCGCCGCCCUCGCAUCCGCCUUUUCCUGGCGCCGCCUAGUCCCAAUCUACGAAGACUCUGAUUUCGGCGCUUCCCUUAUCCCUGUCCUCGUCGACGCCCUCUCCGCCUCCGGCGACUCACAAAUUCCCUACCGAUGCCCUAUUCCCCCCAGCGCCUCCGAUGACCGCAUCUUCAUGGAGCUUUACCGCCUCAAAACACUACAAACACGCGUAUUCGUCCUCCACGCUCCUUCUGGCCUCGCCGCGCGCAUUCUUUCCGCUGCCGCCGAGUCGGGCAUGACUGAAACCGACUACGCUUGGAUACUCACAUCCGCUGUCGCCGGCCAGCUCGGCUCCAUCAAUCCAGCAAUCAUUCUCAAUUCUAUGCAGGGUGGCAUCGGCGUCCGCCCCUUCAUCCAACGAACCAAUCGAGUCCGCGAUUUCGAAAAACGUUGGAUAAUCGAGUUCCUGAACCAGAACCCUAACCACACCGCCGACAUCGCCGGCAGCGACCUCAGCUCAAGCAACUACUACGCCUAUGACGCAUUCUGGGCAGUCGCGACGGCCGCCAACGCAGUAAUAGCCGCCGACCCCGCCGUCGUCAUAUCACAUACGGCGAGCGAUCGAUCCCGCACCGUCCCGGCCGAGAUAUCGAAAAUACAGGUUUCGAACAUUGGGCCGAAGCUUCUGAAAUCUAUUCAGGAAACACAGUUCGACGGAAUCGGCGGGCGAUUCCGUCUAGUAGAUGGCGAACUGAACGUAACGGUGCUCCAAAUUGUUAAUGUGAAUGGGGAAAUCGCAAGAGGAAUCGGAUUCUGGACACCGGGGAGUGGGUUAUCGAAAGAUCUGAAAUCCAGCGACGGUGGGAACUCGGAGAGGAGUGGACUUGGCCCGGUAAUAUGGCCGGGAGAGUCGGCGGCGGUUCCGAAGGGGUGGGAGAUACCGACAGGCGGGAAGAAGAUGAGGUUUCUGGUGCCGGGGCCAGUGGAUCCCGGAUUCCGGUCAUUUCUUAGCGUUGUUAGCGAUCCGGUGACCGGCGAGCUAAAUGUCGGAGGGUACGUAAUCGAGAUGUUUGAAGCUUCUGUGCGGCGGCUGCCGUACGCGCUACAGUUUGAAUACUUUACCCUGCCGGAAGCCGAGAAGAUGAAGACCGUCGACUACGACGCGCUGGUUAAGACGGUGUACGACCAGAAGUACGACGGCGUUGUGGGGGAUGUGACCAUAACGGCCAACCGGUCGGAGCACGUAGGCUUCACUUUCCCCUACACAACCUCCGGCGUCUCCAUGCUAGUCACCGUGCGCGACGUCCGCAGCCACAGAGCCUGGAUCUUCCUCAAGCCCCUCACGACCGACCUCUGGCUCGUCAGCGGAGCCUUCUUCAUCUUAACCGGCGCCGUCGUCUGGUUCCUCGAACACCGAAUCAACCCAGAGUUCCGCGGCCCACCCGCCCACCAAAUCGGCACCGUCUUCUACUUCUCCUUCUCCACCCUCGUCUUCGCCCACAAGGAGACCAUAAUGAGCAACCUAUCGAAGCUGGUGAUGACAAUUUGGGUGUUUGUGGUCCUUAUACUGACUUCGAGCUACACGGCUAGCCUGACUUCUAUGCUCACCGUGAGGCAGGUCCAGCCAAGCAUAACUGAUAUUCAGGAGCUCAUCGUCAAUAGGAAGAACGUCGGCUUUCUCCGGCAUUCCUUCGUGAAGGGCCUUCUUCUCAAUAUUGGCUUCAAAGAGUCUCAACUCUUCGGUUUUAAAUCUCCUGAGGAGUACAAGGAUGCGCUCUCCAACGGUUCCGUCGCCGCCAUCAUCGACGAGAUCCCGUACCUCAAACUUUUCCUCAAUUCUUUCUGCGACAACUUCACAAUGGGCAAUCCGCUCUACAAAACAUCUGGUUUUGGAUUUGUUUUUCCCAAAGGAUCAUCGCUUGUUUCCGACAUGUCAAGAGCAAUAUUGAAACUAACAGAGAGUGAUGAAAUGGUGGAGAUCGAACGGCGGUGGUUCGGAGAGCAAUCAUCCUGUCUGAACCAAGGCAGCAGCUCCAUCUCCGCCUCCAAUAGCCUCGACUUCAAUAGCUUCUACGGCCUCUUUCUCGUCACCGGCGGAGCCUCCCUUCUCGCUCUCCUCAUCUACUCCCUCUCCUUUUGCUACCGCUACCGCCACUCUUUGGCGGCCAUUAACGCAGAAGAGAAGACCUUAACGAGGAGGCUGAGCUCCAUCGCUACGCUCUACGAUGGGAAAGAUCUUUCCAGCCAUACCUUCAACAAGUCUGGUGAAGCUUCCAUUGAUCUCCGAGGACGGAGCAGUUCCGGGAUUUCACAUCAGUUGGACGCCAGAGCUGGUUCUGAGAGCCCCUUUAGUUUUGCCCUGGGAACGGAGACUCCUCCAUCGUCGGAGUUUGCGAGUCCGCAGUCUGGGACUCCGCAGUGGAUGCCGCCUCCGGCUGUUGGCGGGCAUGACGGAGUGGAGUUGAUCACUCCGGCGAGAAGCUGAUGAUUUCGACCUGAAGAUCACGAGAUUGAUUGAUUGGUUAUUUGAAUGCAGUAACGGUUAGGAUGACAUAAAGCUUUAUUAAAUUUCAAAAUCUUCAUUGUCUAUAGAUUAUGUUCAUAUUAGUUCAUCAUUGUGGUGGGCUGAGGGCAUCUCCAACCGAACGGCAAACACACUUGUUUGCCGUUCUUGCUUUGCUCCAACCGAUCGUCAUUUUUGACGCCAUUUGAUCGCGGAUGAACAGUGCGACGCCAAUAUUGGCGUCGCACUGUUCAUCUGCGCCAUUUUUUUCUCUCUACCGAACAAGUUGGGAAGAAAGGCGCAAAAGAAAACGACUGUUUUAGCGGCAAAAUGGCGUUGGAUUGGAGAUGGAAACACAUCAUUUUUUUAUUUCCCUGCAUUUUAGAGUGAAAAAUGACAUUUUCGGUUGGAGAUGGUCUUGAGUCCUAGGGCUCAAGAAAGGUUCAUGUACAGAAUACUCUAAUAGGUAAUAAUCAACGUAUAUGUAAAUCUUUCAAUGCAUUUUUUUAUAGCACAAUAAUAUAUUCUUCAUUCACAA